GAUCAGAGUGGGUCACUUUUAAGGUCCUGGAGGUAUUUUUCUGGCCUUGCCCACCUGGCCGCAAUGUGGUUUGAGAUUCUGCCCGGGCUCGAGGUCAUGGGCGUGUGCCUGCUCAUCCCCGGCAUCGCCACCGCGCACAUCCACCGCUUCUGCAACGGCGGCAAGGAAAAAAGGGUUGCCUAUUAUUCAUAUCACUGGUCUUUGAUGGAAAGAGAUAAGCGUGUCUCUGAAGUUAAUCAUUACUAUAAGUAAAGGGUUUGGAGAAUAUUGAUUAAGGAAGCACUUCCUGAUUAAUGAAAAAUAACUCAGUUUUGCUCAUCUA